UGCCGCCGCCGCCCCCGCCGCCGCCGCCGCGCUCCCCUCUACCCUCCCCCUCCCCCUCCCUCCGGUCGCCGCUACUAUUGCUUCUUCUCCGGGUUAGAUUGGAGCCUGCGCGUGCAUUUGUCGCUGCCGCGGGCUGCGUAGCUCCCGACGUUUAACCAUAGGAAAAAAUAAACCAGGAAUGUAAAGAAUAAAUCAAGAUGGAUCGAAGUAUGGUUGUGGAUUUGGUCACCAUCUCUGUUGAGGGGAUGACAUGUGGUUCCUGUGUUUGGACCAUUGAGCAGCGGAUUGGAAAACUGAAUGGCGUACAUCAUAUUAAAGUUUCACUGGAAGAAAAAAAUGCAACUAUUAUUUAUGACCCUAAACUACAGACUCCAAAGACCCUCCAGGAAGCUAUUGAUGACAUGGGCUUUGAUGCUGUUCUCCACAAUCCUAACCCUGUCCCUGUUUUAACUGACACUGUGUUUCUGACUGUUGCUGCUUCACUGGCUCUGCCAUGGGACCAUAUCCAAAGCAUAUUGCUCAAGACCAAGGGUGUGACAGACAUUAAAAUUUCCCCUCAGCAAAGAACUGUAGUGGUGACAAUAAUCCCUUCUAUUCUGAAUGCCAAUCAGAUAAUAGAGCUGCUUCCGGAUCUCAGUUUAGAUAUUGGAACUCUGGAGAAAAAGUCAGGAACUUGUGAAGAUUAUAGUAUGGCUCAAGUAGGUGAAGUCAUGCUGAAGAUGAAAGUAGAAGGAAUGACCUGCCAUUCAUGCACCAGCACCAUUGAAGGAAAAAUUGGGAAGCUGCAAGGUGUUCAGCGAAUUAAAGUCUCCUUGGACAACCAAGAAGCUACUAUUGUUUAUCAACCUCAUCUUAUCACAGCAGAGGAAAUUAAAAAACAGAUUGAAGCCGUGGGCUUUCCAGCAUUCAUCAAAAAACAGCCCAAGUACCUCAAAUUGGGAGCUAUUGAUAUAGAACGUCUAAAGAAUACACCAGUCAAAUCCUCAGAAGGACCACAGCAAAGGAGUCCAUCAUAUAGCAGUGAUUCAACAGUCACUUUCAUUAUAGAUGGCAUGCAUUGUAAAUCAUGUGUGUUAAAUAUUGAAAGUGCUUUAUCUACACUCCAAUAUGUAAGCAGCAUCGUAGUUUCUUUAGAGAAUAGGUCUGCCAUAGUGAAGUACAAUGCAAGCUCAGUCACUCCAGAAACCCUUAGAAAAGCAAUAGAGGCCAUCUCACCAGGGAAAUACAAAGUUAGUAUUACAAGUGAAGUUGAAAGUACCUCAAACUCUCCCUCCAGCUCAUCUCUUCAAAAGAUUCCUUUGAACACAGUAAGCCAUCCUCUGACUCAAGAAACUGUGAUAAACAUUGGUGGCAUGACUUGUAAUUCUUGUGUGCAGUCUAUUGAGGGUGUCAUAUCAAAAAAGGCAGGUGUAAAAUCCAUACGAGUAUCUCUUGCAAAUGGCAAUGGGACUGUUGAGUAUGAUCCUCUACUAACUUCUCCAGAGACCUUGAGAGAAGCAAUAGAAGACAUGGGAUUUGAUGCUGCCUUGUCAGAUACAAAUGAGCCAUUGGUAAUAAUAGCUCAGACCUCAUCAGAAAUGCCGCUUUUGACCUCAACUAAUGAAUUUUAUACUAAAACAAUGACACCAAUUCACGAUGGGGAAGUAAAGCCUUCGUCUAAGUGUUAUAUACAGGUCACUGGUAUGACUUGUGCUUCCUGUGUAGCAAACAUUGAACGGAAUUUAAGACGAGAAGAAGGAAUAUAUUCUGUACUUGUGGCUCUGAUGGCUGGCAAGGCAGAAGUAAGAUAUAAUCCUGCUGUUAUACAACCCCCAGUGAUAGCUGAGUUCAUCCGAGAGCUUGGAUUUGGAGCCACUAUGAUAGAAAAUGCUGAUGAAGGAGAUGGUGUUUUGGAACUUGUUGUGAGAGGAAUGACGUGUGCCUCCUGUGUACAUAAAAUAGAGUCUAUCCUCACAAAACACAGAGGGAUCUUCUACUGUUCUGUGGCCUUGGCAACCAACAAAGCACAUAUUAAGUAUGACCCAGAAAUUAUUGGUCCCAGGGAUAUUAUCCAUACAGUUGAAAGCUUAGGUUUUGAAGCUUCUUUGGUCAAAAAGGAUCGGUCAGCAAGCCACCUGGACCAUAAACGAGAAAUAAGACAGUGGAGACGGUCCUUCCUUGUGAGCCUCUUUUUCUGUAUUCCUGUCAUGGGGCUGAUGAUAUAUAUGAUGGUUAUGGACCACCAUCUUGCAACUCUUCACCAUAAUCAGAGCAUGAGUCAAGAAGAAAUGAUCAACAUUCAUUCUUCUUCUAUGUUCCUGGAGCGCCAGAUCCUGCCAGGACUGUCCAUUAUGAAUUUGCUAUCCUUUUUGUUGUGUGUACCUGUACAGUUUUUUGGAGGCUGGUACUUCUACAUUCAGGCGUAUAGAGCCCUGAAGCAUAAAACUGCAAAUAUGGAUGUACUGAUUGUGCUGGCAACCACCAUUGCAUUUGCCUACUCUUUGGUUAUUCUUCUGGUUGCAAUGUAUGAAAGAGCCAAAGUAAACCCUAUUACUUUCUUUGACACACCUCCUAUGCUAUUUGUCUUUAUUGCACUAGGCCGGUGGCUGGAACAUGUAGCAAAGGGCAAAACAUCAGAGGCUCUUGCCAAGCUAAUUUCACUACAAGCUACAGAAGCAACUAUUGUAACUCUUGACUCUGAUAAUAUUCUCUUAAGUGAAGAACAAGUGGAUGUGGAACUUGUACAACGUGGAGACAUCAUUAAAGUGGUUCCAGGAGGCAAAUUUCCAGUGGAUGGUCGUGUGAUUGAAGGACAUUCUAUGGUAGAUGAGUCCCUUAUCACAGGGGAGGCAAUGCCAGUGGCUAAGAAAUCUGGCAGCACAGUGAUUGCUGGUUCCAUUAACCAGAAUGGAUCACUACUUAUCCGUGCAACCCAUGUUGGAGCUGACACAACACUUUCUCAAAUUGUCAAACUUGUGGAAGAGGCACAAACAUCAAAGGCUCCUAUCCAGCAGUUUGCAGACAAACUCAGUGGCUACUUUGUUCCUUUUAUUGUUGUCAUUUCCAUUGCUACCCUCUUGGUUUGGAUUAUAAUUGGAUUUCUGAAUUUUGAAAUUGUGGAAACCUACUUUCCUGGAUAUAACAGAAGUAUCUCUCGAACAGAAACGAUAAUACGCUUUGCUUUCCAAGCCUCUAUCACAGUUCUGUGUAUUGCGUGCCCCUGUUCACUGGGACUAGCCACUCCAACUGCUGUGAUGGUGGGUACAGGAGUAGGUGCUCAAAAUGGCAUACUAAUCAAAGGUGGCGAGCCACUGGAGAUGGCUCAUAAGGUAAAGGUAGUGGUGUUUGAUAAGACUGGAACCAUUACCCAUGGAACUCCUAUAGUGAAUCAAGUAAAGGUUCUAGUUGAAAGUAACAGAAUAUCACGUAAUAAGAUCCUGGCCAUCGUGGGAACUGCUGAAAGUAACAGUGAACACCCUCUAGGAGCAGCCAUAACGAAAUACUGCAAACAGGAGCUGGACACUGAAACCUUGGGUACCUGUGUAGAUUUCCAGGUUGUGCCAGGCUGUGGUAUUAGCUGUAAAGUCAUAAAUAUUGAAGGCUUGCUACAUAAGAAUAACUGGAGGAUAGAGGAAAAUAAUAUUAAAAAUGCAUCCCUGGUUCAAAUUGGCGCAAAUAAUGAACAGUCAUCAACUUCAUCUUCCAUGAUUAUUGAUGCCCAGCUCUCAAGGGCUUGUAACUUAUUUUUGAAUCGUGAACCUUUGGAGGUAUAUGAUGAAAGCUGUACACACCCCUCAGAAAAUUUAUGUUUUGGAGAUGCUCUUAAUGCUCAACAGUACAAAGUCCUCAUUGGUAACCGGGAAUGGAUGAUUAGAAAUGGUUUUGUUAUUAAUAAUGAUGUAGAUGAUUCCAUGACUGAACAUGAGAGAAAAGGUCGGACUGCUGUAUUGGUGGCCGUUGAUGAUGAGCUGUGUGGCUUGAUUGCUAUUGCUGAUACAGUGAAGCCUGAAGCAGAAUUGGCUGUCCAUAUUUUGAAAUCCAUGGGCUUAGAAGUAGUUCUGAUGACUGGAGACAACAGUAAAACAGCUAGAUCUAUUGCUUCUCAGGUUGGCAUUACUAAGGUGUUUGCGGAAGUUCUCCCUUCUCAUAAGGUUGCUAAGGUGAAGCAACUUCAGGAGGAGGGGAAACAGGUUGCAAUGGUAGGAGAUGGAAUCAAUGACUCUCCAGCUCUGGCAAUGGCUAAUGUUGGAAUUGCCAUUGGCACAGGUACAGAUGUAGCCAUUGAAGCAGCUGAUGUGGUUUUAAUAAGGAAUGAUCUUCUGGAUGUAGUGGCAAGUAUUGACUUAUCAAGGAAGACAGUCAAGAGGAUUCGGAUAAAUUUUGUUUUCGCUCUAAUUUAUAAUCUAGUUGGAAUUCCCAUAGCUGCUGGAGUUUUUAUGCCCAUUGGUUUGGUUUUGCAGCCCUGGAUGGGAUCUGCUGCAAUGGCUGCUUCAUCUGUUUCAGUAGUACUUUCUUCUCUCUUCCUUAAACUUUAUAGAAAACCAACUUAUGAGAAUUAUGAACUGCAUGCUCGAAGCCACAUGGGACAGAAAAGGCCUUCGGAAAUCAGCGUUCAUGUUGGAAUAGAUGACACCUCAAGAAAUUCUCCUAAACUGGGUUUGCUGGACCGGAUUGUUAAUUACAGCAGAGCUUCCAUAAAUUCACUACUGUCUGAUAAACGGUCCCUAAACAGCAUUGGUACCAGUGAACCUGACAAGCAUUCACUUCUGGUGGGAGACUGCAGGGAAGAUGAUGAUACCACAUUGUAACAGGCCGCAGAGAGUGCUACUAGCCGAUGUUGUUAUGCACUGACACAGCAUUAGUGAUGUUACCUUAACUUUUCAAAAUAUUGUGGAAGGAUUUUAUAUUGGUCUCAUGCCCUGAUGUUAAGGAUUCUAUUUGCAUUGCAUUUGUCUAAUGGCAGAAAUAUAGUUUUUCAGAGUUAGCUCUGAACCUAGCUUUAUUUAAAAUGAAUCUCCAGCCCUUUUUGUUUUCACUAGUAACAGAUAAGGUAGACCAGUGAGGUUUACAACAAGUCCUACAUUUGAAGAUUACUGAAUUGCUGCUAAAGUGAUAAUGUUUUUUAUUUGACCAAAAAGAAAAGGCUCAAGAAAAAGGAUAAUUUAAAAGUUUCAAGAUCUGAGCGCAUGAUCUUGAGGACAUUCUUGAGCUCUCAUCCCUGUCAGGUUGGGGAAUAAUGGCUUUUAAAACACUGUAAAGCAUCUGGGUUUAGAAGGAAAACAGUUAGAAACUGUUUAAAAAUAGAUGUGCCUUAUUUAUUACAGGCUUUCUUCCCCCUUAUUCUCCCUGCAUCUUUGUCUUUGCAAUUGCCCUAGUUUGUUCUUUUGUUGUUGUUCUUUCAGCUGAGCUAAGUGUAGGUGAUUGAUUGAUAAAAAUAAAUGACAACUUUUCCAAUAUCUUUUUCCUUUCUUUAUCUUGUAACCCAAAAAGACCUUAAGGAUCCAUAGGGUCCCUUGCUUCCUAUCUUUCCAUUGUUGUAAAAAAAUAGAUCAGAUUCUUCAUUCAGUGACUCUCUAGCUCUGUACAGGCUUUUAAUUCACUCCUGACGAGUUCCACUCUAAAUUGUUCUUAGUCUAUCAGCCUCAGUCCAGAAGCCUAAAAUGUUGAGCCUCUUCUACAAUUAACUUUUUCGAAGAUUAACACUACCAUCCUUGACAUAUACGGGUCAUGUGAAAUUACCUAGAUUCACUAAAUUUGUCCUUUUUUGGGAGAGAAUACAAGACGGUAACUGGUAUAUAUAAUUUAAUAGAUUUUAAAUAUAUUUUAGUAUUUUAGAUGACCUCUCAAAAUGACUUUAAAAUAAUGCUAUUACACAAAGCUGCAUUUACCAAAAAAAACAUAAUAAAUUUGUAAUAUAGAAAUGAAAAUUUCCCUAGGUUGUGAUACCUUUUAGCCAAGUCUAUACUUUUCUCUAGUUUAAAACAUUUGCACUUGCUAGUAAGUGUGGUUUGCAAAUUCAGGGGCUGUUUUCAGUGCCAUACACAUUUAGAAAUUCCACUCUGAGUGCCUAGGAGUUAAUACACUGAUCAGAGAUCUCGUACUUGUAUCACUAUUUAAAUUCCUCAUUUAUUGCAAGAUGGAUUUCAGAUGCAGAUUAUGGGGAGGUGAAAAUAAAUAAAUAAGUUCCUAAUACUUUGUUCCCAUUGCCAUAUGUAAAGCUGUUGGAACAAUGCCUAGCACAUAGGAUUUGUAUUCAGUAAAUGUUAUUUCUUUUCUCCCCUUGAGGUCAGUAAUAAAUAAUUAAUAAUAAUUUUCUUAGGGCAGAAUCUAAAAUCAGGUGGGAUUGGGGAAUGGGUUUCUUCCUCUCCUACUUCUUUUCUCUCUUCUCCUUUCAUACACACACAAAAAAGUUUAUAACAUUAUUCCAUCCUGUCUUUUCAGAUUUGGAAAAAAUCUCAUUUUUAUCUCAACUAUCUUCUUUUUUCUUUUCAAAUUUUUAUUUAAAUUCCAGUUAGGUAACAUACAAUGCAAUAUUGGUUUCAGGAGUAGAAUUCAGUGAUUCAUCUUUUAAAUGCAACACCCAGUUAUCUCAAGUAUCUUAAAGAGAGAAUAGAAACUAUUGAUGAAGGUGCUAUUAAUCUAGAAAGGCAAACCCAUUUUAAUGAAAUAUGAAUGAGUUUGUAUAUCUAGGCUCUUUUUUAGACCAAUGCCUAUGUCAUCUUCCAUGCUUCCACUUUGAAUUGUAAUACUUGUUUUUUAUUUUAAUUCUAGUGGUCUGUCAUACCACAAUUUGUUUCUUCUAGAAGAAACAGCCAAUAUGAUAAAUGUAUAAUAGACUUUUGGAAAAAGAAGCACCUUUCUCUCUUUCUCCCUUACUCUUUUCUGUGUCUCUGAAACACUUGAACAUAGACAGUUACUACUUUUAUUAUUAUGUUGUUUUUGAGUUGUCCUUUUGUCCCCCACUUGCCAAAGGACUCACAUGACCUAAGAUAGCAAGAAGAGCAACCUAUAGUCUGGGAAAAAUCAAGAAUUUAAUUUCACCUCUUACUAUCAGAACAGAAAACAUGUUGUUUAGAAAUAAUCCUAUUUUAAGUAUCUGUAGUAUCUUUGAAUUCCCUACCAGAAGUCUCUUUUGUAAUCCUGAACUCCUAUUAGCUUCAUAGAGCAGCUGUAUUCACAGGAGAGAUGAUCUAGGAACAGGAUCAAAAACAUUGCUUUCAGUUAGUAACUAGCUUUAAGUAACCAGUUACUUGUGAGAACAAAUGUUAUAAAUGUAGAUGUGUGUAUGUGUUUCUCUGUUUAUAUACACACAUACAUAUGUACGCACAUAUUUACCAUAUAGAGGAAAAUGGGUUUAUAUUUGAAUUUGAUGUUUGAAUAUUUGAAAUUCCUUAUAUGUUGUUCCUUUAUCACUCUUCCGUAUUCACUCAGCACCCAUGCCCUCAGUCUGAAGAUAACAAGGAUGUUUUGAUAUCCAGUGCUGGUUCUGAUUCAACUUUUAUCUUAAAUAUCCUUUUAUCUUAAAUAUCCAAAGAUGCCUUUUGAAUUUCAAAGGUUAAAAACACAGCUAGAAUAUUUAAUGUUAUAGUCUAAAGAAGUAUGGUGGUCAGUGGUGAAAAUAGAAAUGAUAUUUUUCCUAGUUUAGUAUCAGCAUUUUAGAGUGUUAAAUUUGAUGCCUUGUGAACAAAAAAUUUUAUACUGUGCUUUAACUUUUUAAAAGCUUGUUUCUUUUUUCAGAUGUAUUCUUUGUUCAGAAUGCUUAAAAUAGCACUAUAGACAGGAUGUUUCCAAAAAUUUAAGUGUGCGUAUCUUUUAUGUACACAGCUUAAAAUCAAGAAUACAUGUUUUUUGAGAAUUUUUCUCCAUUACUUGUGAAUCUUGCUUUAAAAUUAUUUUUUCCUGAUAUUUAUUUUACUCUAUUUUGUUACUUUCUUUGGGUGAGGCAUCUGGUUAUUGGUUAUUUUAAUAAGAAUAAAAACAUUCCUGCAAUCAC